AUGAGUCGAUUUUCGGAGCCAGCAUAUCUGGAAAUUGCACGGCGCAAACAAGCCCAACUGGACUUAGGCAUCCCCGCGGAAUGGAGACUCCCGGCUCAUCUGAUUCCCGCCGGCAUGCUUUUUCCGCCAGGUUCCGUCACGCAUAGCCAAGCAUACCUGAGAGAGAAUGUGAUGGAUAUUCCAAGAAGGUCAGGCCUGUUGACCCAAAGGGAGCUCAGCAUCACCGAGAAUUGGGACGUCCGGGGCCUUUUGGCCCAGAUGCGAGAGGGAACGUUUAGCGCAGAGGACGUCAUAAGGGCAUUUUCCAAGCGAGCGGCCAUUGCUCACCAAGUUACACGCUGUUUGACCGAGCCACUCUUUCCAAGCGCCGUACAACGGGCCCAACACCUGGACAGUAUUCUCCAGCGCACGGGGAAGCCCGUGGGACCCCUCCACGGACUUCCCGUCUCCGUCAAGGACAGUUUCCGAAUCAAGGGGGUCGACUCGUGCAUCGGCCUCACCGCGCUGGCCUUCAAGCCUUCAACCUUUCAUGCGCGACUGGUCAACAUGCUCCUCUCGCUAGGCGCGGUCAUCAUUGCCAAGACGAAUGGAUCGCAAGCCAUGGCGGCCCCAGACUGCUACAACCACGUCUUCGGCCGCACCUUGAACCCGCUCAACCACCAGCUCACAGUGGGCGGGAGCUCCGGUGGCGAGGCAGCCCUCGUCGCGAUGCGCGGGUCCAUGGUUGGGUUUGGUACUGAUAUUGGAGGUAGUAUCCGCGUGCCUGCGAUGUGCACCGGCCUGUAUGGCUUCAAACCGAGCGUCGGCCGGAUUCCAUUCGGUGGAGUGGUGACCGGUCAGACGCCCGGUCUCGGUCGGGUUCCGCUCCAGGGCGUUGCCGGGCCACUGGCCCCGUCGGUGGCGGACUUGGGAGCCGUCCUGGCAGAGAUUGUACCCAAGGCGGAGCGGUUUGGGGAGGAUUGCAUGCCCGGGCAUUGGGGGAGCGAGUCCCCGCCGGUGUCGGAUAUGCAGACGCGCGAGUUUACAGUCGGAGUGCUGAGAGCGGACGGUCUAGUCACGCCUCUUCCUCCCGUUGCUCGAGUCUUGGACGAAGUUGCCGAUUCUCUCCGUCGGACUCCUGGUGUCCGGGUAGUCGACAUCCCAGUGCCACCAGGCUUGAGGAAAUGUCAGGGGAUAGCGGGACGGCUGAUGGGCGCUGAUGGUGGGGUGAGGUUGCUCGAUCUCCUUGAGAGCACCUCGGAGCCACUGAUCCCGUGGCUACAGGACAGAAUGAAACGGAGGGGGCCAUUGAGUCCGAAGCAGCUGGACGAAUUAGAAGAUCAGCGAUAUGCCGUUGAGAAGGAGUUACUUGGGAUGUGGACAGUGGAUGGAGACUGCACGAAACGGAUCGACGCGAUUAUUACUCCAGUCGCCCCUCAUCCUGUGCCCGAGAUUGAUCGGUUCAAUGCCAUCGGCUACACGGCCAGCUUUGUUCUUCUGGACUACCCUGCUGGGACGAUCCCGGUGCGCAAUUUCUCGGAAUCAGAUCUUGACAGCGGCAUCGUUAUGGAUUCUCCAGUACUGGGAAGCUGGGAUAGAGUAAACCGUGAACUGUGGAAGGGAAAAUCUGUCGACCGCCGGGUAUAUCUGGACUCGCCCCUAAGCAUCCAGGUAGUCACGCCGAAACAACAUGACUAUGAACUGUUUCAAGCCAUGGAAAUUAUUGAUCAAGCCAUCCAAUCGCGAAAAGGAGCGACAUGUUAA